UUCCGGUCCCUCCACCAAAGGGGCGGUACUAGCGCCAGCAGAGGCGGAAGUCAGCCUCUGGUUCCGGCUUCCGUCGGCUGAGCGGGAUCCUGGCGCAGGCGCGGUGGUUCCAGUGGCUGGGACCUGCGGCCCCGCCUCAGCGAGGAGGGCUCCCUUGGGCCGGGGUGCCCCGGUGGUUAUCCGAGUGAUGCCCCGCUAUUGUGCAGCGACUUGCUGUAAAAACCGCCGGGGGCGAAACAGUAAAGAUCGGAAACUGAGCUUUUACCCGUUUCCUCUACAUGACAAAGAAAGACUUGAAAAGUGGUUAAAGAAUAUGAAACGGGAUUCUUGGGUUCCCAGUAAAUACCAGUUCCUGUGUAGUGACCAUUUUACUCCUGAUUCUCUUGACAUCAGAUGGGGUAUUCGUUAUUUAAAACAAACUGCAGUUCCAACAAUAUUUUCUUUGCCUGAAGACUGUCAGGGAAAGGACCCUUCCAAAAAAAAAUCUCAGAAGAAAAUAGUGGAAGAUGAGGACGAAGUGUGUCUAAAAGCCAAGUCAGAAAAAUCAUUUACAUUAAAUGAGGCUAAGAAAAAUACAGUUAACACAGCUGUGUUCCCUGAACAUGCAGAAUUACUUGAUUCAUAUGCCAUGGUGAGCCCACCAGCUCCAAAAACAGGAGGUAUGCAGAAUAACAUGUUAACCCUUAAUGUAACUAAACAAGAUACCAAAACACCCCAAUCUACCUUGAAAACAUCAGUCAACCAAGAUUCAGGUAGAAAUGGUUUUGAGAAUCAAAAUUCUACAACUAUUACCUUGACAACUUCAAAUGGAGAAGGUACUCAGCAGUCUUUGGAAACCCGAGAAGUGCUUGAAAUAACUACCAAUCAUCUUAAUCCAAAUCUUACAAAUAAUUCCAUGAAAAUUAAUUCACGGGAAAAUCCAUUCUUGUUCAGCACAAUCAACCCAGCGGCAGAAGAAUUAAACACAGACAAAGAGUCUCUUAUUGCCAUUUUUGUACCCACAGAAAAUUCAAAUCCUGUUAAUUCUUUUGUACCAACCCAAAAAGAAACCGUGGAAAUGGAAGACGUAGAUAUUGAAGAUUGCUUAUAUAAAGAUGUAGAUCAUGGGGCAGAAGUUUUACAAAUUGAUCAUUCUUACUGCAGACAAGACAUAAAUAAGGAACAUUUAUGGCAAAAAGUCUCUAAGCUGCAUUCAAAGAUAACUCUCCUUGAGCUACAGGAACAGAAAACUCUAGGUAGGUUGAAGUCUUUAGAAGCACUUAUAAGCCAGCUAAAACAGGGAAACUGGCUAUCUGAAGAAAAUGUCAAAAUUAUAGAAAACCAUUUCACAACAUAUGAAGUCACUAUGAUGUAAAGAGGUUUAUAAUUUAAAGAAUUAUAUGUAAUGGGAACUUUUUCCUAUAUGAAGUUCUCAUUUUAAUGAAGCUAUAAAAGCGCUCUAAUACUAUGAACUAUAUCCUGUUCUGAAAAUGCACAUUAGUAACACAAAAGUUUGAGAGUUAUUGGGUGGAAAUAAAAAAUAGUUUCAGUACUGGAUAAUUUCCCACACUAAAGUCAAAAUAUUAGUGAAUAAACAGUAGGAUUUGGUCAUAAAAGAACUAAGAUAUGGUUGAAACAGCCCAGAAUAUUAUGUUUUGAGUCUACCAUUGGUAUAUGAUUUAAGUAUUUACUUUAAAUCUCAAUCCCUAAUCUGUAAAAUAAGGGCAUUUAUAAGAUUUUUUUUUUUUUUCUGUUGUUUUGAGGCAGAGUCUCACUAUGUAGUCC